AUAAAAGGAACAAGAAAAAUUUUAAACCUAUACUUCCGAGACUGUAAAUAAAUUUUCAAAUCGUUACGACUCACAACUUUUUAACAUUUGGAUUGGUAGUGUUUAACUAUCAAAAAUGAAGAAAAUUCAUUGUAUAUUACCGCUUUUUGAAAUCUUUUUAUGGCUCGCUACGUUUCCAAUCUUAACAAGAGCAGAAAUUAGUGAUACCACAAUUCAUUCAGAUUUAAUGCCAUCAUCAUGGGACAUGAAAGAUUAUUGCUUCACACCAGAAUGUAUACAUACAGCAUCAAGAGUGUUGAGAGAUAUGGACACAAGUAUUAAUCCUUGUGAUGAUUUUUACAAAUUUUCUUGUGGUCAAUUCAUAAACGAAAAUAAUAAACAUGGAUACUCACACGAUCAUUCUAUAAUAAUUCAACAAAAUAUUGACAAUAUAAUGAAAAAUUAUCUACGGAAAGAAACUUUACCAGACGAACCAAGAUAUGCCAGAUUAAUUAAAACAUUUUAUAACAAUUGCAUUAAUGAAUUAAAUAGCGAAAACGAAACUGAUUUCAAUUCAAUUCUGGAAUUAAUAAAUAAAGCCGGUGGAUGGCCUCUUUUAAAAAAUAAUUCUUUGGAAGAUGAGAAUUUCCAGUGGGAAAAAUUUGGCUCCCAAAUGGACAACAUUACCAUUUUGGAAAAUACAUUUUUAACGACAAUACUUUUUGAUGAUCCAAAAUACAGUUCGAACAGAAUUUUAAAAAUUCAACAACCGACAUUAUUUUAUACAUCAUAUGAGGCCUACUAUAGAAUAAUCCAGACUGCUCAACUGUUGGGGGUACAAGAAGAUGUUGCUAAGAAUAUUUUUAAAGAAAUCAACAAAGUUGAUCAAAAAUUAUUUAACAUAUCAGUGAAGAAAAAAGAUAGAAGUUCUACGUUUGAAAAAAUGACUGUAAAGCAACUAAUGGAGAAAUAUUCAAAUAUUUUGUGGAAGGAAUUUUUCAAUACGUUUUUAAAGCCAAAUACUAUUUCUGAUGAUGAUGUUAUACUUGUUAGGGAUAUCGCCUUCUUUAAUGAGUUUAAUGAACUUAUUAAAAAUAUUACAAAAAAAGAUCAGGCCAACUAUCUAAUGUGGAGAGCAACUUACAUAAUUUUAGAAAAUUAUGCUAAAUCACUUUCAUCAUCAAACCCAUCAGAAAUAUGUUAUGAUUCUGUGAAAACUAUUUUCGAAAAAAGUUUUGGUGCUUUGUAUUUUAAAAAAUUUUUCAAAGUAAACUCGAAUCUGGAAAAUGUUGAUGAAAUGUUUGAUAAUAUUUAUGAGCAGUUUAAUAAUACUCUAUAUAAUAAUAAUUGGAUGGACAAUGUAACGAAGCUUAAAGCGUUAGAAAAGCUUGAAUCAAUGUUUAUUGUACGUCCAACUGAUUAUUUCUCUCAUAAUGACAGUGAAAUUGAUGAAUUUUACAAAAAUUUGGAAAUUACACCAGGCGAUUAUUUUCAGUCGUUGAUAAACAUUAAAAAAUCUGUUAAAUACACAAUGAAUGUGGAUAUUUUUAGAAAACCAUUAAAAAUAAGGAGUUGGUUAGAAUUACCAAGCGCGACAAUAGUGAAUGGACAAGCUAUUAUGGAACUAAAUCGUUUUGUUACACCACCGGCCAUUUUUCAAGGAAUUUUCUUCAAUGAAAAACGACCUCAGUACAUGAAUUACGGAGCUGUGGGUUCUGGAAUUGGACAUGAAAUGUUACAUAAUUUUGACAACAACGGAAGAAAAUAUGAUAAAGAAGGAUUUAAAGAAAAUUGGUGGAAUCCAGAAAGUUUUCAAGAAUUUCUUUCCAAAGCUCAAUGUAUAAUUAAUCAGUAUAAUAACUAUACAGUCGAAGAAGUUGGUUUAAAUAUAAAUGGUGAGCAAACGCAACAAGAAAAUAUUGCAGAUAAUGAAGGAAUUAAAAUUGCAUAUUUAGCUUAUGAAAAGUAUAUGAGAACCCAUGGUGUUGAGCCAUUGUUGCCUGGUGUCAAUUAUACACAACGUCAGCUUUUUUGGAUCAGUUUUGCACAAAUGUAUUGCGAAACACACACUCAUGAUGAAAUGUUUGAAUUUCUGAAUGAUGACACCCAUAGUCCUAAUGAAUUUCGAGUUUUGGGUUCUCUUUCUAAUCGUCCAGAAUUUGCAAGUGAUUUUCAAUGUGCACUGGGCACAAAAAUGAAUCCUGAAAAUAAAUGUUCUGUAUGGUAAUUUAAAAAAAAAAAUUAUAAUCUCGUUAAUUUUCAAUUAUUUUUAAUUAUUAUGUCAAAAAUGGCAAAUUUUUACCUAAUAUUUGAACUAAAUAUAGUAAAUACUGUAGUAAUUUAAAUCAUGUUUUAUAAUUAUAUUUAAACAAUAAAUGUUUUAGAGUGAGACAAAA